UUUCUGUGUGUUUGUUCCCUCGGCGGCGGCUGUAACUGUCACCGCCUUUCCACCACCGCCCUUCUCGCCUUCUUUCGCUGGUAGAAAGAUCAGUUUCCGUCACCUUCCGGGCGACCGUUGGGCGUCCCGCUCCAUGGCGGCUGCGGAGGACCCACCGCACGGCGAUCUCGAGCCGAGCCUUCGCCACCGUCUCCCCCUCCCGAGAUGGGGAGAUCGGAAGGCGACCCGCCGCGCUGCCGUCGACCGAAACGGUGGCGACCGGACCACCGCCGCGGGGCAUCUCGGUUGCCGGGAGGCCCCUCCGGCUGAGGGCGGCGGCGAGGACGGGGGUUUGGAGGAGUUGAGGGCGAAGCUUAUGGGCCACCUCCGGGAGGCGGUCGACCGGAUGAACACUGCGGCGCCGGAUUCUGUGAUGGGGGCCGCUCAGGAGGUCGCAAGGCCGUGGAACCUACGGGCGAGGCGGACGCCGAAUGGGAACGGCCACGGGGGAUGCGCGAGAGCGGGGGCUCCUACCGUGGCGGAAGCGGCGGCUGCGGACGAGCAGGAGAAGAAGAGGAACAUCGGGUUGACGGUGUCGCUGACGGCGGAGGAGAUCGAGGAGGACAUCUACGCGGUGACGGGAUCGCGGCCUCGCCGGCGGCCAAAGAAGCGGCCUAAGGUCGUACAGCGCCUGCUCGACUCUCUCUUCCCGGGGUUGUGGCUGUCUGAGAUCACGGUGGAGUCUUACAAGGUCGAAGAUGACUGAACCUGUGCUCCCUCAGUCUCUUGGUUGUGGCAAGCCCUACCUUCCCCAGACUCCCCUACUGUUUCUGAGGUCUGAUGCCAAAGUGACGGUUUGGUGAAAGCUUGUUUGGUUUAUGAGAUGUAUAUUGCUUUACAAGGAAAAGCCUCAUGUAAAUAGUCCUUAUCUGCUUGUUAGGGAAACAAUAGCACAAGAAACUUAUCUACACAGUUUAUGAAGGAGGCUGCUAGGUUCUGUGAGGUGUGUGGUAGUUUACUAGCCAUGUACAGGAAAGGAGGAGACUGUAGGAGCAAUUUCAGUUUGUUGUUCAAACAUUAUAAGUAGUAAUGCUAUGUAUACACAAUUAUUUUGCAUGA